CUUUCACUCACGUACCUUUCAAAUGGCGACUCCAUAUCAGGCCCCCGCAUGUCCCGUAUGUAACAAACCUCUACCCAUCAGUCAGAACGAGUGUCCAUUCUGUCAAAAGUCCUUCCGCAGGGCUGAUGUCGCUCGUCGCCAUGCCCGCUCUUGCAACGCCCGACAAGGCCAGCCCCUCCCAUCAAAAGCCAAACGGGGCAGAAAGCUUCGAGCUUGCGAUAACUGCUCACGAGUGAAGGCUUCUUGUAACUCGGAACUUCCUUGUCGUCGGUGCUCAGCUCGUGGCAUCGAUUGCAUUUACAGUUCACUAUGUCAUGACCCUACACAUCGAGCAACUUCCAAACCAAGGGAAGUCUCCAAGGAUAAUCGUCCUAGCCUCUCUUUUCUGCUACAAGCUAGCAAUCCAAUUCAUGACUCUAUGGAUGCCAUUGUUGCUCGAGAGCCGGAAAGAACUUCAGAGAUGCCUGCUUGGAAACAACGUGAGACGGAGACGGUUGAUUGGAGCUCUAGGACAGUCGAUCCAAGAUUUCUUCUCUUGGAUCUAUCGGACAUGCUUCUCGAUGAGCCUCAUGACUAUGAAGAUACAGAAAACAAUACUUUACAGUUCUCUGGUAUCUUUGGUCCCUCUACCGCGUCGUUCGACAUUUUAUCGACACGAAUAGCCACUCUGUCAAGCAUCCUUCAAGGAUUGACUAUCAACAAACCUCAUCUCAGGGAGGGACUUGACCAAAGUUUUCAACGAGGUUUCUUUACAACGUCUCACUUUCAACAUGUUUUAUUCCUCUUCUUCCGCCGGAGACACUACCAUAAAGAUACGAUACACUGGCCAACAUUUGAUCCUGAAAAGGUUUCGCUCCACCUGCUACUAGCUGUGGUGUUGACUGGAACUGUAUAUCUGCAAUGCCUUGAUCAAUCGGCUCCCUCAUAUAUCAGUACACCUCUACUAGAACUAGCAGAAAAGUACGUAUACAGGGAGCUCAAGAAACUAUCAGAUCAGGACAUCAGCCCAGUCACGUCACAACACAUGCUUGAAAUAUGCCAAGCUGCCGUAUUGAUGAAUACUCUCGAAGGCAGUGCAAACCAUAUCGAGGCUCGUCGAAGAAUAGCGAGUAAACGAAUUCCAACGCUCGUCGCGACGUUGAGAAAAUCAGACAUGAUGAGUCUCAUACAUGAGUCAGAUGAAAGCUGGGGGGAGUUUGUUCACCGAGAGACAUGUAUAAGGGUCGUUGCAUGGACUUCUAUGAAUGACUCACUACUGGUGCUCUUCUGUAACCAUCCACCCGUCAUUACAUCAAAGGAGAUGACUGGGGAUCUACCAUGUCGGAGUGAUAUUUGGGAGGCAGAUUCAAGCAUGGUUUUUCAAGAAAGGUCACAGCAUAGCUUAACAAGGUCUUAUCCUUCAAGCUGCAAUGAAGCAAUAGCAGGAAUACUUUCUGAGAAAUGGACUCCUGCAAUAAGAGAGUCCUUUGGAAAGUUAGACCAUUCAGAUCUCUUUUAUCUCUCCUCAGGUCUUGGACGUCACAUAUUCCAUUUUCGUACGUCAGUAGUAUCACCUGAUUAUUCCAAGAUGCUGCUACGUGCAUUGGAUAGAUGGGACUCUCUUUGGGCCGAUGCUUUUGAACGUAUUCCAGAAGAUGAGAGGAGGUGGCUCGGAAUGGGCAAACACACUCCUGAAGUUAUAGCAUUGUCAAGGCGGACCAUUGAGAUCAUCGAAACAGGUGAAGCAAAGGACUCAGCUUAUCUUCAGGAUAUUGCAUUUUAUGACACGGCUGUCUUUCACGAAUUCGUGCAGAAGUACGGAUAGGAAAGCUCGGGUACAGCGAAGAAUUGAAAGGCUGACUUCAGGCAACCUCCCAACCUAGGGGAGGCAAGAAAACUCAGGACCUCUAUUCUAAGUGACAAAAAGAUUUAGAUGAGCUUAGUAUAGACGUAGUGGGCCUUUAGAUUAGUUGUUUA